AUGCAACACAAGCAGCAAAGGUGCAUUGGCCAGCCAUGCAACCACUCGCUGCCGCAAGGCGCAGGUGUGCAGCACAACUGCAAUGGAGUCACUGCCUUCGGCACGUGCGAUGCGACCUGCGGACAGGACCUGGUUCUGGACAGCAUGUUCUCCCACAACUGCAAGUCCAAGCGUUAUGGGGACACGUGCGGUGUGAGCUGUGCCACUGGGUACCACCUAAGCGGCUGGGGCUCCCAGUACGUGUGCGCGGCCGAUGGGACUUUCGAAGGAGUCCUUCCACAGUGCCAGGGCAACCCGUGCCAGAACACUCUUGAUGACCCUGCGAUGGACUCCAGUGCCUGUGACGGUCUCACUAUGGGCGGGGAGUGCAAUGUCACCUGUCAGCCGGGAUAUGGAUUCAACCAGUCGGUUGUGACCUGCGGAGCAUCAGGCUAUCUCUCUGGUAUCUUGCCAAUCUGCAGUCCACUGCCUUGUGCGGCAACUGCAGAGCUACAGCGCCCGACUCUUGCGCACUCCUGCGAUUCCGUGCCCUACGGCCAAUCCUGCGUGGUCUUCUGUGCCAAUGGAUAUGUAUUCAAUAAUAGCUCUGCCCAGACGUGGGAGUGUGGCUUAAACGCGACUUCUGGACAAACACUGCUGCGUGGGCUGCUACCAAGUUGUGAACCGGAAGCUUGUAGUUCUGGUCUCCCAGCCAGCAGCCCGCGGGCACAGGACAACUGCACUGGAGUCCGGACGGGUGAAGCCUGCGAAAGGACCUGCGCACCUGGCUAUGCUGGCCAGGAUGUCACAUAUGUCUGCAACAACGAUGGUGCCGCUGUUAGCAAUUCCAGUUCCACCUGUGCGCCGCUGGAGUGCGCAUUGCCCAUAGCUCUAGAGAACGUCAUUCACACCUGUAGUGGGGUCGUCUUCGGCAGCAGUUGCUCGGCCUACUGCGCGGCGGGCUAUUCCGCUGCAGGCAGCUUGGAGGGUGACAUUGGUCUCAGAGGCACGGUUCCGAACUGCUCCCCGCGGAGUUGUUUCUACAAUUUCCCUUCUGGAGCCCAGUAUGCGCACGACUGCGAUGGCAUUGUGACCGGCGGUAGCUGCAAUGUGUCCUGUGCAGAAGGAUGGCUGGGAGCCAGCUCUGUGCUCAGCUGUGCUGCAGAUGGUGGCCUAUUUGGGAACUUCCCUAGCUGCUCAUAUGUGGUGGCCACUCAAACGCUAACUAGCACCACCGCCUUCACAGCGACCACAACCAACACUGACAUCCUCUUUGAAAUUCGGGUAGUUGUCUCUGGGCAAAUUCUCCUGGAGGUCAACAGCUCGGUAGAGUUCAUGUCCGAUGCCGCCGUCAUGGAGGCCUUUGCCACCGUGCUUGCUACCUUGAUCGGUACCGAACCUGAGCGCAUGUCAGUGUCUUUCACAGCCGCGCGGCGCCUGCAGGACGCAGUGCUUGCGCCAGUGUGCAGGUCAAUGACUUCCCGACUUUAUCCUCCGUUCUGCACAUUUCCUUUGACCCUUGGCUUGGCCACCCAGAGGCGUGAAGCACCUAAGCCGCAGUACCGAAAGCGUCUGCAGUGUCCUCAACAGGACGCCGGCAUGCCCAUGGAAUAUUCCCUUCCGCGGCGGCUUGCAGAGCAGGCGUAA